AAAUAGUUUGUCCCCUUAAGUUGGAUCGGGUUUUCCAUCAUUCGUAUAGGCAUUUUAUCCCCGCUCCUCUCUCUCUCUUUCUCUCUCUCUCCAGCUCCCAAAUCUUCAGAUCAUGCAACACACCAUCAACUGAAAGCGAAUCAGACGACCUUAUCUUCACUUUGAUGCAGUAGUACUAACAUAUACCUGGAAACAUCCGGCGCUAGACAGCAAAGUCGGCUAUGGCGAAACAUCGGUGGGAGGGAUCGAUGAAGUCCUUCAGGAUCCACAUUGAUCCUGAGAAAGAAGAACACCAAAAAUGGUUGAGAACAGAGAAUGAGAACAAAGUGAAAAGGAUCUUGAAGCUGACUAAAGGCCUAAGCGGCAAUAAAGAAGCCAAUUCAAGGAAAAAGUCUGAGCUGAUUAGUCUGAUUGAAGAGUUCCAGCAGCAAUAUGAAUCGCUAUACUCCCUCUACGUAGACUUAAGAGUGCAGGUGAAGGCCAACAUUAACGGUGGAGACGAUGAUGUCCCUUCUACGUCCUACUCAGAUUCAGAAUCAUACUUCUCUCCAGACGAAUCCAACAUUAGAACCAGCGACGCGAGCAGCAGUGAGAGCUUAACAAACUUCCAGCGUGGGGACAGUGAGGAGGCUGAGACAUCAGAUGUGGAAGAUACUAUUCUCAAGGACAAGUUAACAUGUUCGAGUGAAGUAAAGGAAAAGGCCACAACUUCAAAUUCACAGUCUCAGGAGCUCUCUGAAAUUCUCAAGGACCUGACGGUGCAAGAUGAAGAGGUAGAAAGCACGAGGCACACGUUGGCUCAAACGAAGGAGUUAGAGGGAAUUGUGGCGAGCUUGAAGGAUGAGGUCGAAAUGCUUUGCACACAAAAACGACGAUUGGAAGAGCAAGUAGAGGGCAUGUCAAACGAAGCUAAGCAAAGGCAAGUGCAGAUAUUGAGACUAGAAGCUCGUAUUUUGGAACUUGAAGCUAAAUCCAAAGGCAACGAGUCUAUUCAAAUAAGUGAGGAUAAUGAGGAUCCAUAUUCGUCUAGAAUCUCGAAUCUUGUUGCACAGACGAACAAUCUCCAGCUUGAAGCGAAUACCUUAGAAGAACGGUUAUCGGGAGAGGCGUCUCAAGUAAAGGGCCUGACGGAGCAGGUUAAAUCUCUGCAGAAGGAACUGGUGGCUGUGAAUGGUCAGAAGGCUGAAUUGGAGAAGGAACUGGUGAAGAAAGAGGCAGAAGCUUCAGAAUGUCUUGUUCAGAUUGAAAAUCUGAAAAACGAAUUGAAAAAUCAGGUUCUUAUUGAGCAGGGGAGGAUGCAAGAGAAGGAAAGCUUGAAAGUUCAGGUAAAAGAUCUAGACCAGGAAGUUUAUCAGUUAAGCAGCACGAAGAGCGACCUGGAAGAGCUGCUAAAGAAAAUAAAUCAAGAAGCUGAUCAAUCAAAGGUUGAAAAUGAGGAGCUGCAACGAAAAAUAUCCGAGCUACAGACCUCUCUUUCGUCAACCAAAAACAAACUAUCAGCUCAAGAAAAGAAAUUUGAGGCCUGUCAGGGUGAACUGUCCACUCAGAUUGAGCCCCUGAAGGAGAAGGUCAGGAAACACGAGAAAAUGUUGGAAACGUUGCGAAAUGACAGGAAAAGCUUGCAGGCGGAGUUGGAACGGUGUCAGAAAGAGCUUGAGAGAGAGAAGCAAGAGGCAUCCCUGAGCAAAUCGCAGAUGGAGAGAAAGAACAAUGAACUAACAAGUAAGAUAGCUGAUCAGCAGAAAACGCUGCUCGAAUUGGGGGAAGAGAUGGACAAGCUGAAAGCAGAGAACGAAUCGGCUCAAAUGAGGAUCACUGAUUCCAAAUCAAAUUUCCUCCUGGUGGAACGAAAGAUGGAAGAAAUAGCAGAAGAGUUCCGCAAACAGUAUGAGGAUAAGUUCAGAAUCCUCAGCCGGCGAAUCAGGGUGGCAGAACAGCUGCAAGCUGAGAACAAAGAAUGGUAUAUGAGAACGAAAGACACGUUCGAGCAAGAGAACAAGGACCUGAAAGAAAGAGUAGGGGAGAAAGAAGUCGGGCAGGGAAGCAUUAAGGACAUAUCGAUCACAGCAAACCACACGCUAGUUUCACUCGACUCAGUGGCCUUAAGGUUUGAGGAAUGCACCGCUAAUUUCCUCAACAGGAUUUCCAAAUCCUCGUGUGAGCUGAAGUUCGCAAAGGACUGGGUGAUGAGGAAGAACAAAGCGUUGAUGCACGUUAAAGAUGACAUGGACUGCUUAUUGCACCAGCUGGACGACAAAGAGGCCGAGAUAUUGAUCUUCAGGGAGAAGGUAUGGAAGUCGGAGAAUAAGAUCCGGGAAUUGGAGAAGAUGAUUAAGGAGAAAGAAGAGGGAAUGCUCGGACUUCAAGAGGAGAAAAGGGAGGCUAUAAGGCAACUAUGUGUUUGGAUUGACUAUCAUCGAAGCCGAUCGGAUUACUACAAGAAAAUGCUGUCUGAGGUGAAUCGAGGACGCAGGAAGUCAGCUGCGGCUGCUGAUGAACGAGCUCUGAUUCUGAGGUUAAUUGCUGAGAAACAAAAGGAAGACAUGCCUAAGCAUCGGUGGCGUGAGUCCUUGAAAUCCUUUUUCGGAAGUCACAUUGAUCCUGAAAAAGAUGAUGAGAUUAAGGGAAACAAAGCAGAAAUUGAGGGCAAAGUGCAGAAGAUUUUAGAGGUUCUUAAAGAUGACGAUAAUGACGGGAAAGGGCCGCUGGUUAACUUGAUUGAGGAUGUCCACAAUCAUUACCUGUCUCUUUAUUCUCGUUACGAUCAUCUGACUGAAGAGUUGAAGAAAAAAGCACAUGGAAAACAUGGGAGUGACAGUUCUUCAUCCAGCUCAGAUUCCUCGGACUCAGAUGAUUCACCGAGGAAGAAGGGCAAGAAAAAUGGUAAAGUUGAGAAUAAUUUUGAGAAUGAUGCAGCUGCUAUAAAGCAAGACCUCGAAGUGGCGCUUUCUGAGGUUGCUGAACUGAAGAGGAAGUUGGCAGCCACUACAGAUGAAAAGGAAGCACUAAAUCAGGAGUGUCAAAGAACUUUGAGCAAACUACAGGAAGCAGAGAAAAGUAUAGCAUCUGAAGCUGAAAAGUGGAAUGACGAGAAAGCUAGACUUUUGGCUGAAAAUGCUGAUCUGAGUAUAGAACUGGAGAGUUCACGUAAGCUACAAGCUGAACUGAACCAGAAACUGGAAGAUAUGAAUAAAGAAAGAGAAAGCUUAAGCAUUGAGAAAGACGUUGCUGCCCUCAAAAUUGAAGAGGAGAAGAGAAAUGCUGAAGAAUUGAAAACCAUUAACAGCCAGUUACAACAAGAGAAAGACAUGCUAUAUCUGGAAUUGGAAGCAGUGAAGGGAGAAUUUUCCACUCUAAAGGAGAAUCUGGAGUCAAAAGAAAAUGAAAUCGCUAAGCUAACUCAGAUGCAGAAGGCUGCCGAAGAGGAGAACAUCAGUCUUUCCUUGAAGAUUACACAGCUUGAGAAUGAGAUAAAACAGGCUGAAAACAAAAUUCAAGAUCUUGUAACAGAAUCAAGCCAAUUAAGUGAAAAAUUGGCUGACAAGGACAAAGAGCUUUUAACACAUCUGGAGAUUCACGAGACUCACAGAGAAGCUGCAAAGGAGAAACUGGAAUCAGCGGAAAGAGAGAUUGCUAAGGUCACCCAGAUUCAAAAGGCUGCCGAAGAGGAGAACAGCCGUCUCUCCUUAAAUAUUUCACAGCUUCAGGAUGAAAUAAAACAGGCUGAAAACAAGAUUCAAUAUCUUAUUACUGAAUCAAGCCAGUUAAGUGAAAAAUUGGCUGAGAAAGAAAGAGAGCUUUUAAGUCACCUGGAGAUUCAUGAGGCUCACAAAGAAGAAGCAAGAGAGAAACUGGAAGCAGCAGCAAACGAAACUGCUAAGCUAAGUCAGAUGCAAGAGGCUGCUGAAGAGGAGAAAGCUAGUCUUUCCUUAAAGAUUUCAAAGCUUGAGGACGAGAUAAAACAGGCUGAAAACAAGAUUCAGGAUCUUGCUACUGAGUCAAGCCAGUUAAGUGAAAAGUUGACUGAGAAAGAAGGAGAGGUUUCCCGUCACCUGGAGAUUCAUGAGGCUCACAAAGAAGAAACAAAGGAGACACUUGAAACAGCAGAAAAAGAGAUCGCAAAGCUAACUCAGAUGCAAAAGGCCUCCGAAGAGGAGAAUGCUAGUCUCUCCUCGAAGAUUUCACAGCUUGAGGGUGAUAUAAAACAGGCUGAAAAGAAUAUUCAAAAUCUUGCUACAGAAGCAAGCCAGUUAAGUGAAAAAUUGGCUGAGAAAGAACAAGAGCUUUCUAGUCACCUCGAGAUUCAUGACGCUUAUAUACAAGAAACAAAGGAGAAACUGGAAUCAGCAGCAACAGAAAUUGCUAAGCUCAGCCAGAUGCAAGAGGCCUCCGAAGAGGAGAAAACUAGUCUUUCCUCAAAGAUUUCACAGCUUGAGGAUGAGGUAAAACAGUCUGAAAAUAAGAUUCAAAGUCUUGUUAUUGAAUCAAGCCAGUUAAGUGAAAAUUUGGUUGAUAAAGAAAGAGAACUUUCGAGUCACCUGGAGAGUCAUGAGGCUUACAAAGAAGAAGCAAAGGAGACACUGGAAUCAGCAACAACAGAAAUUGCUAAACUACGUCAGAUGCAAGAGGCUGCUGAAGAGGAGAAAAGUUGUCUUUCUUUAAAGAUUUCACAGCUUGAGGAUGAGAUUAAACAGGCUGAAAGCAAGAUUCAAGAUCUUGCUACCGAAUCAAGCCAGUUAAUUGAAAAAUUGGCUGAUAAAGAAAGAGAACUUUCCAGUCACCUGGAGAUUUAUGAAGCUUACAAAGAAGAAACAAAGGAGAAACUGGAAUCAGCUGCAGCAGAAAUCGCUAAUCUAAGUCAGAUGCAACAGGCCACCGAAGAGGAGAAAACUAGUCUUUUCUUAAAGAUUUCACAGCUUGAGGAUGAGAUUAAACAGGCUGAAAGCAAGAUUCAAGAUAUUGCAACCGAGUCAAGCCAGUUAAGUGAAAAAUUGGCUGAGAAAGAAAAAGAACUCUCCAGUCACCUGGAGAUUUAUGAAGCUUACAAAGAAGAAACAAAGGAGAAACUGGAAUCAGCAGCAGCAGAAAUCGCUAAGCUAAGUCUGAUGCAACUGGCCACUGAAGAGGAGAAAACUAGUCUUUCUUUAAAGAUUUCACAUCUUGAAGAUGAGAUAAAACAGGCUAAGAAUAAUAUUGAAGAUCUUGGUACAGAAUCAAGCCAGUUAAGUGAAAAAUUGGCUCAAAAAGAAGAAGAGCUUUCCAGCCACCUGAAGAGUCAAGAGGUUUACAAGGAAGAAGCAGAGGAGAAACUUGGAAUAGCAGAAAAAGAAAUCGCUAAGUUAAGUGAGAUGCAAAAGGCCGCUGAAGAGGAGAACAGUAAUCUUUCCUUGAAGAUUUCACAGCUUGAGGAUGAGAUAAGCCAGGCUGAAAACAAGAUUCAAGAACUUGUUAAUGAAUCAAGCCAGUUAAGAGAAAAAUUGGCUGAGAAAGAAAGAGAGCUUUCAAGUCACCUAGAGAUUCAUGAGGUUCACAAAGAACAAAGCUCAACUCGUAUGAGGGGUUUGGAACUGGAGCUGGAUUCAUCACACACUCAAAGAAGAGAAAUUGAGCAACAGAAGAAUGAUGAACUCUCUGCUCUUCUUAAGAAACUUGAGGAUCAAGAGAUGGAUUCUUUAAACAGAAUAAAUGACCUCAGAGUACAGAUCAAUGCUAUUCAAGCUGAGGCAGAGUCCUUGAGGAUCCAGAAAGGUGAAUUGGAAGAACAAAUAGUACAUAGAGGCAACGAAGCCUCAGCUCAAGUUAAGGAAUUGACAGAUCAGGUCAGUGCAAAGCAGAUGGAACUGGAGUCUCUACUAAGCCAAAAAAUGGAGUCGGAGAUACAACUAGAGAAAAGAGUUCAAGAAAUCUCCAACUUCCUAAUCCAGAUAGAGAGUCUGAAAGAAGAGUUGGCAAACAAAAUCUUAGAGCUAAAUAGGAACAUAGAAGAAAAGGAAACUCUUUUGUCACAAGUAAAGGAUCUGGAACUAGAGGUCAACUCCAUACGUACUGAAAAAUUGGAAGUGGAGGAACAGCUAAAACAAAAGAACGACGAAGUUUCAGAAUCCCUUAGUCAGAUAGAGACUUUAAAAGAAGAGUUGGAGAAGAGGACCACAGAGCAAAAGAAAACACUGGAAGAGAACGAGAGUCUAGUCUUGCAAGUAAACAACCUUAAUGUGGAGCUCAAUACCCUGAGCAACCAGAAACAUGAAUUGGAAGAGCAGUUGAGGAGCAAAUGCGAGGAGCUUAUUCGGUUGCAAAAAGAAAAAGCAGAGCUGCAAGAUAAAAGUUCUGAGGUUGAGAGAGCAUUGAUUGAAAAAGAGAACGAACUCUCCACUUUAUGCAAAAAAUCUGAAGAUGCAGAGAGUGAAGCAUCUGCCAGAAUCAUCGCAUUGACUGCUGAUGUGAACAGUCUUCAUGAGCAAUUGAGUUCUUUGGGUGCUCAGAAAAGUGAGGCAGAUAUCAUUCUUGACAAAAAGACUGCAGAAAUAUCAGAAUUCCUUAUACAGGUUGAAAAGCUGAAAGAGGAAUUAUCAGGAAAAACUGUCGAAGGAGAAAGACUGCUGGAAGAGAAGGAAAGUCUGGCAGCACAGCUAAAGGAUCUGCAACUGGAGCUGGAGACUCUUCGACGUGAAAAGGAUGAACUGGAAGAUCGGAUUAGUAGCAAAGUUAAUGAGGCAAAUCAGCUGAGGGAGGAGAAGAGUGGCCUAGAGAGCAAGAUUUCUGAACUAGAAUCGACGCUAACAGACAGAGGAGAUGAAGUCAUUGCCAUCCAGAAAAAAUUGGAGGAUGUGCAGAAAGAAGCAUCCACUGAAAUUGCUGAAUUGCAAAAACAGGUUGGCUCUUUACAGCAGGAGCUGGAUUUGCUGCAUUCUGAGAAAAGCGAAUUGGUAAUGCAAAUCGAGAGAAGUAAGCUAGAGUCCACCGAAAGGUUGGCUUUGGCUGAGAACAGCAACACUGAAUUAGUGAACAAGAUUAUAGAACAGGAGAGAAAGCUGAAAGAACAGGAAGAUGUAUUCGUAAAAUUGUGCGACGAGCAAAAACAACUGGAAUUUCAGUUCCAAAACUCUGAGGAAAAUCUCAAAUCCCCAGAGAUGAAGAUAGAAGAGAUUACCCAACAGUUCCAAAACGGCAUUGAUGCAAAGAAUCAGGAAGUCAGUAAACUGGAAGAAGAGAUAGAAGAGCUGAAGAGAGAACUUGAGAUGAAAGUCGAGGAAAUCAGUACACUGGUAGAAAACGUACGAAAUACCGAGGUUAAGCUACGGUUAACAAACCAGAAGCUGCGUAUCACAGAACAGCUAUUAAGCGAGAAAGACGAAAGCCACCUGAAAAAGGAAGAGAAGUUAAAUGAAGAACAUAAAGUGCUUGAAGACAGAGUUGCAACAUUGUCUGGAAUAAUUGAAGCUUAUAAAGAAGUUCAAGUGAAAACAAUAACAGAGAUCACAGAGAAGGUAAACGACACAUUGACUGGAGUCGAUGCAUUCAGCAUGAAGUUUGAGGAAGACUACGGCCACUUAGAGUCUCGCAUUUAUGAAACAGUGAACGAGCUCAAGGUGACAACAAACAUGAUCAGAGAAACCAUUAACGAGAAAGAUCAGCUAAAGAAGGAAGUAGCCAACUUAGUUCAGCAACUGAAUGAUGAGAAAGAUCAAGAGUCAAUGUUGAAAGGAAGGAUCAGUGAACUGGAGAGCAUACUGCACAAGGAAGAGGACGAGAAGAAAAGCUUGAUACAAAGUGUGCAACAGAGAGAUGAGAAGAUGGGAGAGUUGGAAAGAAGGAUGACGGAGAAAGACAUGGGGUUGGUGAACUUGAUUGAGGAAAAAAGAGAGGCCAUAAGACAGUUGUGUAUCUUGAUUGAAUAUCAUCGCAAUCGGUACGAUGAUCUCAAGGACAUGGUGGAAAAAACAAGAGGCGCAAGAAGGCAGCUUGCUGCUUAAUGCAAAGAGCACAUCAAUGAUCAAACUCUCUUGGAGUUGGAGGUAUGGUUAGCGUUCUUCAUCUAUACUUUGAAUUUGAUUUGUUGGUAUAUUUCGUCAAAGUCAAGUCAUUUUUGUUGAAAGGAGUUGUCAGUAAAAGAAUUUCUAUUCUUUGGGGUCAGUAAUCAGCAUAGGGUGUGUGUGUGUAUAGGAAAAAUAUUACUCCGAUUUGUUUUGUUUGUGUAGUCAUUCAGUUCAAUUUUAGCCCCGCCGGGUGCAGCUAUUGCCUAGUGAUAUUUAUGACAUCACUGGGCAUUUUCUUUGUAUAGCAAAUUCAGCAAAAGUGUGGUUUUAUCGUCUAAUCUCUUUUGUACUUC